AUGACAACAAACAAUGCUAAUGCGUACAAUCAAGAAGAAGAAGAACAGGAUGAAACUUUGCAAAAUUUUGAUAAAAUGCCAAUUGAUCUUCCAUGGAAUAUUAAAGAGAAAAGUAACGUCAAUGAAAAAUUGGAUGAAAUAGAAAAACAAAAUUUAUCAAGAAAAAUGAGUCAAUUAUCAACUAGUGCAACACAUGAAAAAAAUCCUAUCAAGAUAAUGAAAGAAAUCAAAGAUCAACUAGAAAUAAUUCCAAAUUAUUUAACAAAACAAAAUAUAUCUUUCAAAGAACUUAUGCAUCAAGUCUUAUCGUCGAUAAUAACAACAACAGAAAAAUUAAAUAAUAAUAUGGAUGAAUUAAGAAAAAUAGCUAUUUUACUUUAUAAAAUUAUGGUUAUUCAAACUUAUCAAUAUUUAUGGAAAACUUAUUUAAAAUCUGGUACAGGACAAUUGAUUAUUCCAUAUGAAACAAAACAAAAGCUAUCCUAUCCGACAACUUUAUCAAUAUGGCCAAAAGAAAUAAAAACCAUUGUAUUAUCAAACAAGAAAGAUAAAACAAAUGAAAAUGAAAUUUGUUUAAAAUUUGUCAAUGAUCAACUAAAUGAAUUGCAACGUCAAUUAAAACAGUAUCAACAAGAAUUGAAUAUUAAAGCAAAUAAUUUUCAAGGUUAUACAAUAUCAAUUCAAGAAAAGCUUAUGACAUAUAUUGAACCAAAUCUUAAUUCUUCAUUAAGUAAAAAAAUUGAACAUCAAGUUGAACUGAUUCAUUAUGAUUAUCAUAUUCAAGCAUUGGAAUUAGAAUAUUUUCAACAUAAACCAAAUGAAUAUCAAAAACAACUAAUGAAACAAAUUUGUCAAAGUAAAUAUGAACAAGAAACAUCAGAACAGGAAUAUGAAUUUUUAAACCAACAAAUUGCCUAUUACAAUUUACCAAGUCAAUCAUUUGAAUCCUCAACAAUAUCUCAUCAUCCGUCCAUUGAUUCUAUUCAAAAUUUAACCAUUCGAGAAGCAUUAAUGAAACAAUUUAAAGAAGUUGCUAUACAAUCGAGAAUUGCUUUAUUUAAUUUGUAUCUAGAAUCAGCUGAAGAUCAACGAGAAGAAUAUAAAAAGAAACAUGAAGCUAAUGUAAUGAAAAUAAAUGCAUCUCAACAUACAUCGAAUAAUAAUGAAAAAUUAUCUUCAACAUUCGUACAACUUAUUAAUGAACGUUGUAAUCAAAUUGGUGAACGUAUUCAAUCUAUCUAUAAAUUUAAAUUAGAAAAUUUUCUUUCGAAAUCAAACUUAUAA